AUGUCAUCACCACCAACAUCACCGGAGUUGCCCAAGUACGCGGAGAGGGUCGCGGGUUCACGGCCACAGGGGAUGGAAGCUAAAUUGGCAGAAGCACUUGAUAACGAGUGGAAGAGAACAGAGGAGUGUCGUGAGAAGGAAAGGGAGAUUUGUGAGCUGCGAAAAAGGUUGAGAGAGUACGAAAGGAAUAUAGAGCAGGAGCGGUUACUGGGCAGUGGGGAAAAUGAGGGAGAUGAUGUCAAGCUGGCGAAGGAGAUGAGGAGUCUCGAGGAACAGGUGGACGAGUGGAAGGAUAAGGAGGUGGAGGCGUUGACAAGAGUAAGGGAGUUGGAGGGUGAGAGGGACCAAGCUCUUGAGGAGGCGCGAUGCCUUGAGGAGAAGCUGCAACAAGAGCGACAGAAAAGGCUGGCUCUGGAAAGGGCCGAGGAGGAGUUGAGAACGCAGUGCAAGCAACUAGAGAAAAAAAUAUCAGUUUUACGGGAGGAGAACUCAACACUGGAAGAUGAGAAGCAGAUGGUCAGUUAA